CAUUUACGGCUGGAAUCAAAUAUGACUACGCAAUCAACGAAAAUCUUGUUUCAAAUCAUCAUUUAUACCUAACAAAACCCUGUCUGUCGUCUCCCGCCGUCAACUGUCAUCGGAAUAAUGCUAAACCGAUCAUCCCCUCCGAUUUAAUCUCUAUAUUUCUAAACUCAAAAAAGAAAUGGCAAAGUGUUUCAGCUUCACAGCAUCACGAGACCGGUGUUUCCGGUACUCCUUCAGCCGCACCGGUCUCAAAUCAACCACCAUCACCCUCCACGACGGCGCCACCGUCAUCCACUUCUGGAUCCCCAAAACCCCAAAACCCAACAAACCCAAUCUCCUCCUCAUCCAUGGCUUUGGCGCCAACGCAAUGUGGCAAUACAACGACUUCAUCUCUCCACUCGUUUCCAAAUUCAACGUCUACAUCCCGGACCUUUUAUUCUUCGGCGAAUCUCACACGACCCGACCCGAACGAACUGAACAUUUUCAGGCGGAGUGUCUUGUCGCAGCCAUGGAAGUCGUUGGUGUUAUUGGGAAGAUUCACGUGAUGGGGCUGAGCUACGGUGGGUUUGUGGGGUACAGUAUGGCGGCGAAGUUCCCGGAGAAAGUGCAGAAGGUGGUGAUCGCUUGUUCUGGUGUUUGUGUCGAGGAGAGUGAUAUGGAUAAAGGGUUGCUUAGUGUGAAGAGUAUUGAUGAUGCUACGAGUAUUUUGUUGGCUCAGACGCCGGAAAAGUUGAGGGAGUUGAUGAAGGUGGCGUUCUUUAAACCUCCGGUGAAUGUGCCUUCUUGCUUUUUAUCUGAUUUUAUUGAUGUCAUGAACACAGAGUAUGUUCAAGAACGUAAAGAAUUGAUUGAAGCGUUAUAUAAAGGUCGAAAAGUGUCUAAUCUUCCCAAAAUCACUCAGCCUACCAUGAUCAUAUGGGGAGAGCACGAUAAAAUAUUCCCAAUCGAAUUAGGUCACAGGCUAAAACAACAUUUAGGCGAGAACGCGGAUUUGAUAAUCUUGAAGAACGCUGGACAUGCAAUCAAUGCCGAGAAACCAAAAGAACUCUACAAAAACAUGAAAUCAUUCUUCACUCUUUCCAUUGCACAAAGCACACAGUAGUGUCUUCAAGUUUGCACUUACACAGCAAGGAGAUGAGAAUUUAUAAGGAAAUCUCAGGUGACAUCAGUUAGAUGUCAUUGUUGUUUACCUUUCCCAUGUUGGUUGUGAGACUGUAUGUAUACCCAUUUUUAGAGCAUAGAGGAGAUUUAAAAAAAGGGUUUGUUUGUAAACUUAUAUAUAUCUACAUUCUUGAUACAUUUUCUUUACAAAUAAUUCCCGAUAAUAUUAAAAGAAAUGUGUAUUUUGUAUCAUAAUGUAAAAUUCUUAUUGUGGGUUAUCUUUUUCA